AUGGGCAUCCAUAGGAUUGAGGAUGAGUCCAAGUGGAAGGUUGUAUCUGCGUCAUUCAUUUAUAGUCCCACAACAGCGGUUAAAGAGCUACUAGAUAACGCGAUCGAUGCUGGCGCUUCCAACGUCCACAUCGAAGUAGACUCCAAGACGGGGGGCUGCGACUAUAUCUCGGUGCGGGACGACGGGAACGGGGUGGGAGUAGUUGAUAGGCAUAUGAUGUGCCUGAAUCACACGACGUCGAAGCUGCGAAAGUACGAGGACGUGAGCACGUGCGGGACUCUGGGGUUCAGGGGAGAGGCGCUGUUCAUGCUUGCGACGCUGAGCAACCAUUGCGGGACGAUGGAGGUGAGCACGCGGUGCAAGAGCGAGCGCAUGGGGACGCGAUGGCAAGUGGACGGGUCGGGUGAGGUGAAGGAAGGGAGCACGAGCAGCGUGCCGAUGCCCGUGGGCACGACGGUAACGAUCCGGAAGCUGCUGCAUGGGCUGCGGGCGCGGCACGUCACGAUCUCCUCGCGGCCGCGUAAGUCGCUGGACGAUAUAAGCCAAUUGGUGCUGCAGUACACGCUGGUUUUCAGGCGCAUUCGGUUCCACUUUUACCUGGUUUCUCUCGACCGCGCGGAUUUUGUAUGUCAGCGCAAACUGCAGCUGAAUGUUGACCCGAAGCUAUCGCUGCUGCGUGUGCUCGGUUUGCAGGCAAGAAUCCGGAAGCUCUCCGGCAACCUGCAUGAAUUCGGGCCAGUCCCUGUCACAGAUACCUUGUCGGCGCGUGGUGUCUUGCCCUCGAUGACACGGGGCGCAGAGGUGACGCAGACGAAGAAGACGAUCAAAGCCGUUGCCCUUAACCGGAGGCCGAUGUCACUGUCCCUCUCGCUGGGCAGUGCAGUGAACAAGAUGUUGAAUAAGACAUACCGGUCUUACAGUCUCCCUGAUCCGACAAUAUGGAUGGUUGAGUUGGAGUGCGAUCCGCACCUAGUUGACGUGAAUAUUGAGCCUACGAAGGAUGAUGCUGCCAUUAGUAGCCUUGCAACUUUAAUACAAUGCCUACAAGAUGCUUUGGAACCGAUUAUAAUACGGCUUCAUCGUAUCGACCGCGAUGGUGAAUCGGUCAGUCGGACGGACGAUCCCCAGUCUACUUUAUUGGAUGAUGAUGAUAAUGACGACAUUUUCGAAAUAUUAGCCACUUCCGAGAGGCGGCGGAAGCUUCCAAGCUCUUGCUUUAUGAAGCAGGAACCAGGAUCGGAUAAGACACAUGAACUUCAUUUGAAUAUUACAGAAUCUCAACAGGGGACCCUGCAAGCCAGCACCGAAGCAGAGUUAAUCGACCGAAAUCAGCAGAAGCCAGUGGAGGAAUGGGGCCCAACUGAUUUCGAGGACAGUCUUAAUUCUGAUAUACAGUCAACAAGCAAUCCCAUCUCUGUUCUAGCGUAUCGAUACGAUGAAACUUCCCAUGAUGAUAGCGUUGCAUUCCCCAGAAAUAUCAGCCUCUCCAAUCCCUUCCAUAUGUCAAAGUUAAAGAGCGGCUGGAACACUUCAUUAGAUUCAUCGACUGAUGGGAGUAUCUUGGAUUCCGCAGCAAGCCAGACUUCCAGGUCUGACCUGCACUCUUCUUAUGGAAACAGCUCCACAACAAACCCAACUUCAGACGCGCAGAGUCCACAAAUCACCUAUAACGCUGGUACCAAGCGUAAAGCCAGCGGCUCUGAGUCGAAAAGAAAUGCACGCCCAACGAAGAUGAAAACCACUAAUAGAAGACCAACACAAAGAGAGGAAAGGGAGCUUCUCAAGCUACAAUAUUCUAGUACCGGGCCAUCUGAAGAAAAUGUACCCAUACAAAAGGAUAAGAUAAAGCCUACUAAGGACAGGAGGCGAAACCUGAAUAUGUUCUCAGAAUAUACAAAUAAUUUUAUUAGCAGAGUGCACUACGAUCGUAACAAUAUAGUUUUGCAAAAACACUCAAAGCUAACUUACAAAAAGGAACUGACAUGGAUAUUUAGAAAGGGAGACCCGGCUCUGUCCUUGAUAGACUUUGUGCAGCAGAAGGCGGAGGAAAUAGACAAUAAUGUUGACCUAAAACUUGAACAAACAUCAAAAGGUUGGUAUGUAGUUGGUAUAUAG